UUAUUAUGAAUGAAUGAAACUUGAAUGGUUCAGUUCGCGAACAGUUUUGGGUUUAUUGAAGGAAGUAUGAAGGAGGACUGUCCUCGUGAGUUUGAUCCGACUAAAAGAAGACCUGUGCACAUCCACCACAAUCACAAACUGUUUUUUGAAGAAGAGAAAACAAUCCAAUUGCCCACUUUGUGAAUAUACACUUAAACUGGAAUUAUACUCCAUCCAUAAGUUAUCUGUGAUUUUGAUAAUAUCUGUAUUUGCCUCACCAUGGGAUCAGAGAAAAUAUCUCAACGCAAUCAAAAUUCAGGAGGAGACUUUAGGCAUGAAAACAAAUCAAAACCACAGAAAAGUAAAGUGAAAGAUCAGACCUUGUCUGUUUACUGGCUUCUUGCCUGCUUUCGAAUUAUCAUCACUCUUCUACCACAGACAGGGUAUAUUCACCCUGAUGAAUAUUUUCAAACAAUAGAGGUUGUUGCUGGUGACGUUUUUGAUUUGGAAGUUGAAAGACCUUGGGAGUUUAAUGUAACAUUUCCAAUAAGAAGUAUUCUUGUCCCAAAAAUUAUUUUUGGGAUUCCCUACAUUCUUUUAGCAGCAUUAACUCCUAACCUAUCUUAUAUUUUGGGUUGGGACAUUCGUACUCCCUAUGUUAUGCUUAUUCUUCCUCGUCUUGUUUCGUGUUGUCUGUCCUUUGUGACCGAUUAUUGUCUCUACAGAAUUUGUGUUUUAUAUGGACAAAAGUACAGAACACGUCUUUUGGUUCUUGCAACAUCUUAUGUCCCUGUUAUUUUUGGUACCAGAACUCUUACAAAUAGUUUAGAAAUGACUCUUAUGUCAGUUCUUCUCCUUCUGGUUGCUGACUGCAUGAUUAAAUCUGAUAAGGUAAUUUAUCAAGAAGAAUUUCUGGAAUCCAAAUAUGCUUCAGCUUCUACACCUGUAGAGCGUACUAAGCUUUACAAGAUGCGCGCAGCACUACCUGCCCAUUCUUUACGUAGAUGUUUCCCCAUUGCAUCUAUCGCAGUUGCUGGAGUAUUCAACAGACCAACAUUUUUUGCAUUUGGUCUUGCUCCAGUUUUCUUUUGGUUACAGCGAGGGAUCAGUUCAAAAUUUUGUGGAAUUCGUGCAUUCCAUUUAAGAAUUAUGUUAUUCACUUUGAGUGCAGUACCAGCGUUAAUAACUUUCAUUCUUAUAGAUUCAUUUUACUAUGGACAUUUAACUUGGAAUGAAAUUGGUAUGGGGGAUGUUAGUCUUAGUAAUUUUGUGGUUACACCAUUUAAUUUUUUAUUGUAUAAUAGCAGAGAAAGCAACUUAGCUCACCAUGGUCUUCACCCAAGAGUUACUCACAUGUUAGUUAACAUACCCCUUCUGUACAAUGUUUUAGGGUUCACUGGUAUAUUAGCUGUAUCCAACUUUUUAUUCAGGGCGUCACAAGCUCGCUGGAAGGAACUUCCUCGGGCUCAGAGUCUUAUGAUGCUGAUGACAACAUCAUUAAUUAUACCUGUUAUUUUACUCUCUCUUGUUCCUCACCAAGAAGCUAGAUUUCUAAUUCCAAUAACUCUUCCCCUUGUAUUUCUCCAUGCUCAAGAAAUACAAGACUUGGAUCAAAGACCAGCCAUUUUGUUUGGUACUAGAGAGAGUAUUCAAGACAAACACAAAUCUCAGCUGAAUUGUCCAUCCUCAUCCAGUACUGGACAGAAGUCAAAGAGAUCUUUGAUAAGUUUGUGGCUUGUCAUAAACUGUCUACUAGGCGUCUUCUUUGGGUUUGUUCAUCAAGGUGGUGUUUAUCCUUUAACUGCUCACCUUAAAGAAAUAAUGAGAAAGCAGUCUAAACCUCAAGUGGUGCAUCUUGUCACAGCUUAUAUGUAUCCUAUUCCACAGUCCCUUUUGGUACAAAGAAAUACAAAACACAAGUAUUUUGAUCAUGUUACCAAUACCAAGUAUCUUUUAUCCCGUAAAUUUUAUGCUCAUGAGUUAGGAUCUCAGUCAUUUCCUGAUAUUGUUGACAGAGUGAAAAAUAUCAUUCAUGAUGCAGAAAAUAACAAAACCAAAGAAAACUUAGAUUAUUCUACGUACUUAGCAGUUCCAUCUAGUCUUGUGGGUAAUAAGAUUGAAUUCCAAAUAUCGAAUUUGACAUUUCGAAGGAUAAACCUAUUUUACCCCCACAUGUCGACUGAGGCCCCUCCUAUGUUGACGCAGUUGUCCUAUAGCUUAUCAUCCUCAAAACCAGUCAAUUUGUAUAAUAGGUCAGACCAUAUGGGACUCCACAACAAUAAUUCCAGUGAUGACUCAGGGGAUACUUUGGUAGGGCAAGUAUUUCACUUUCUGAAACAAUUCAGUUUGUCUCUCUAUGAAGUCAAAGCUUAAAUAAGUCUGGCCUUGUUUAGAUGAUAAGUUUAUGCACUUUGAUUCAAUGUUAUCCGUCAAGUAUGCAAAUACAUUUAACACUUUCCGUGCGAGGUUCGGGCUCCUCGCGGUGGAAUUGGAUAUUUUACACACUAAGUGGACAUGUUAACCCGCAGAUUUUGUACAUCUUACGCUAAGUUCAUGCUAGUCACUUAAUAUUUGUAUUAAAAUUUGUUUAUGCAUCUUCAAAUUUUAGCUAAAUAAAUUUUUAAUUGGACUUUGUACAA